UUUUAUUUAACUCAAAUUUUCUCAGUGGCUACUAGUGCUACUAGUUCUCCAUAGUAAAACAGACUCAUGUCAACCCAGCCAACCAAAUCAACAAUGAAGAUGCUGAUUUACUCCAAAGGUCAUUUUGCUUCCAUCUUUGCUUUUGCCACCUGUGGCGGAUUUAAGGGCAAAACAGAAAUUCAAGUGAAUUGUCCUCCUAAAGUUGGUGACAAUAAGACAGUUACAGCUACUUUUGGUUAUCCAUUCAGGUUGAAUCAUGCAUUCUUUCAUCCGCCUCCAGAUGUCAAUGUGUGUGAUGUGAAGUGGGAAGACCACGUCCUCAUAGGUGACUACUCUUCUUCCGCACAGUUCUACGUCACAUUUGCAGUCUUUGUGUUCUUGUACUGCAUUGCUGCCCUUCUGCUCUAUGUGGGUUACACCAACCUCUACCGGGAUAGCCGAAAACUUCCCAUGAUCGACUUUAUUAUUACUCUUGUUGCCACUUUUUUAUGGUUGGUGAGUUCCUCGGCCUGGGCUAAAGCUCUUACAGAUAUUAAAAUAGCUACCGGACACAGUAUUAUUGGCCAACUUGAGCCUUGUCGGUUAACAGGAGUGUCAUGUCACUUUGGUUCUGUGACUAGUAUGGGAUCCCUCAAUGUAUCUGUGAUCUUUGGCUUUCUGAAUAUGAUACUUUGGGGAGGAAAUGCUUGGUUUGUGUACAAGGAGACCAGCUUGCAUAGUCCAUCAAAUGCGUCAGCUUCCCACAGCCAAGGAGGCAUCCCAACCCCUUCUGGAAUGUAAUUAAGUGGGGAAUAUACUGUAUGAAUGUGUGCUAUACUGUGCCUUGUUGCCAACAUCUUGAGAAGCAUUAUUGUUUCUAAUAAAAAGUAAUGGCUUUUUCAGUAAAUUGGUGGGUUUAAAAUUUUGCUGCUUUUCUAUAUAAAACUUGCUUUUUCUAGAAACAUGAGAUGUAAAUGUGUUUUUACAUGUAAGUUUGAACAUUCAGGAUCCUGUUAUGAGAUGAUACUUAUUUUUAAAUCAACAGUAAUUUCACUAAGUUACCUUCUAAAAUGUUUACACCUUAAGCCUUACCAUAAACCUUCAUUCAGAAAAGUUAUGUCAUAUCAUAAUAUAGGAAGAAUGAGUUUGGAAUAUACACUACUGUUUGCUUCUAUGCAUCAUAUCCUUAAGGCUUGGCUUGUUUUAAGAAAACCUUGAUUGCAUAAAUUGUAUUUAGAAAAAAAUUAGUACAAAUUUUAUAUCUGAAUAUUGUUCAUGUUAAAAGUUUUUGAAUUGAGAAGACUGGGUAUAUAUUUUGUUUCUCUUUUUCUAAAUGACCUGCUGUACUUAUUAGGUAUACUAAAAUUGUCUUAGGAGCAAGGACUUGAAAAUUGUAACAUGUGUAGAGUUAACGCCACGCUUCUGUUGCCUGAGGUGUAUUCAUUAUUUCUGGUGGUUUCUUGGGCUUGCUAUGUUAGAAAGCAUGGUUCCCACAAUAGCUUUAUAGAUGUGGGCAUUCUCAAUGAUGCUUCUUUGCUAUCCUUGUUCAUGCUAAGAAAAAGCUACCUUUUUUCUUCCAGACCCUGUUUAGAGGGUUACUAAAAAUUAAGGUUGCUUUUUACUUUUGAAACAUUUAACAUUAUUUAGUCAAUGAAGUUGCUUCUCCUGAGUUUAACAUUGAUAUUGUGAAAAUAAAUGCAGUUCAGAUUUCCUAUUUCUUAAUAUUCAUUCGUACUUCACAAAAGGAUGACUAAGGAAUUAUGCUCAUAAAGGAACCCAGUAAGCUGUACUGUGUGUGUGUGCUGUCCAUAUGCACACAUUUGGGUAUGUUCAGACUACAGUGCUUUUUGUUCCUCGGCUUUUGUCGUACAGGGAUCCAGAUUUCCUAUUCUCACAAGAUGAUGUUUGUAUGCGGAGCACAUCUUGAGAUAGUGCCUUAUUUUUAUUGCUUUAUUCAUGGUGAAGUGUCUGUGUAAGAAUGUAUGUUUAAUACAGCAAACAAUAAAGAAGUUAAAUACAGA